GCUCUAUAAAAUUUUCUCCCUAAUUUUUUUCGUAGAUUCCUUUCUCCUCGAGAACAAAAAAAACCACAAAAACAAAACCAUUUUUUUUUAAUCUUUCUCUUAACCUCUAAAGAAGCGACUCAGCUUCACACUUCAGGCUCAGAAAAAAAAGGGUUUUUGCUUUCCGGGUUUAACGAAGACAGCUUUCUUCUUCCUUUCCUUUAAAAUCGAAGCUUUUUUGAAACCCAACCAAAAUGGGACCUCGUUCCUCUAAGCUAUCUCUCUGUUGUUGGCAAACUCAUCACAACUCAUCUCUCAACGACGCUUCUGAUCUAGAAAACGGAACAGUCGAUCCGGCGUCGUUUACAGAGUUCAGCUUCGACCAACUACGAGCUGCUACUUCAGGUUUCUCAACGGACAGCAUCGUGUCGGAACACGGCGUUAAAGCACCUAAUGUGGUGUAUAAAGGCAGACUAGAAGAUGACCGUUGGAUCGCUGUGAAACGCUUCAACAGAUCCGCUUGGCCUGACACUCGUCAAUUCCUUGAGGAAGCAAAAGCUGUGGGGCAGUUGAGGAGUGAGAGGUUAGCCAACUUGAUUGGUUUCUGUUGCGAAGGAGAUGAGAGAUUGCUCGUUGCUGAGUUUAUGCCUUUUGAAACUCUCUCUAAGCAUCUCUUCCACUGGGAUAGCGAGCCAAUGAAGUGGGCUAUGAGGGUGAGAGUGGCUUUGUAUCUUGCACAAGCACUCGAGUAUUGCAGCACCAAAGGUCGUUCCUUGUACCAUGAUCUCAACGCUUACAGGAUCUUGUUUGACCAGGAGGGUAGCCCUAGACUAUCUUGCUUCGGUCUUAUGAAGAAUAGUAGGGAUGGGAAGAGUUACAGUACUAAUCUGGCUUUCACACCUCCUGAGUACCUAAGAACAGGGAGAGUGAUUCCAGAGAGCGUUGUCUACAGCUUUGGAACGUUGUUGCUAGAUCUUCUCAGUGGUAAACACAUACCACCAAGCCAUGCGCUUGAUCUGAUUCGUGGGAAGAACUUCCUGAUGCUUAUGGACUCGGCUCUAGACGGUCAUUUCUCAAACGAUGAUGGAACUGAUUUGGUUCGUUUAGCUUCACGUUGUUUACAGUACGAAGCUCGUGAAAGGCCAAAUGCUAAGUCUCUUGUGACCUCACUCGCUCCUCUUCAGAAGGAAACUGAUGUAUGUGUUGCUCUCACACUCACUAAAACAACUUCUUUUACUAUUCAAUGUCUUGUUGUGACUCCUCUGUAUCUUUGUUGUUUUUUUUUUUUUCAGGUUCCGUCUUAUGUCUUAAUGGGGAUUCCACAUGGAUCUGCUUCUCCUCCAAAGGAAACUACUUCGCUGACACCUCUUGGCGAUGCUUGUUCAAGACUUGAUCUCACCGCUAUUCACGAGAUUCUUGAAAAGGUUGGAUACAAAGACGAUGAAGGCGUAGCUAAUGAGCUCUCGUUCCAAGUCUGGACAGACCAGAUUCAGGAGACUCUAAACGCUAAGAAACAAGGAGAUGCUGCGUUCAAAGGCAAAGACUUUGUCACUACCAUCGAAUGUUACACGCAGUUCAUUGAAGAUGGAACAAUGGUAUCGCCAACGGUAUUUGCAAGGAGGUGUUUGUGUUAUCUGAUGAGCAACAAGCCUCAAGAGGCACUUGGUGAUGCAAUGCAGGCGCAAGUAGUGUCUCCUGAGUGGCCAACAGCAUUCUAUCUUCAGGCUGCUGCUCUCUUCAGCCUUGGAAUGGAUAAAGACGCUUGCGAAACCCUAAAAGACGGUACUUCCUUGGAAGCCAAGAAACAGAACAAUAGAAACUGAAAAAACUUUCCCAAGUAUUUAUUGUCUUUUUUUAUGUUUUAAGCAUUUGAGAUCCAGCUCAUGAUAAAACUUGUGGUUUCCUGUGAAUCGAAGGAUCUUUCUCAUUUUGUCCAAAGAUCCUUUUAUCUGC